GAAGCUGUUGGUCGGGCCCGCGGAAAUGGGCGAGCAUAAUCUUCUUAAUCCUGGUUUUGUGGGACCGUUGGUAAACAUCCACACUGGAGACACCUUCUACUUUCCAAAUUUUAGAGCAUCCGGGGGACAGCUGGCGGGGCUACCCUCUCUCUCCUAUCCGAGAAGGGACAAUGUGUGCGCUCUCCCGUGGAACCCAUCGGAGUCGUGCAAUGGAUACCCUCAGUCCUACUUUGGUAGCCCAGUGUCCAUUAACCCUUCCUUCAACCGAUCAUGUGAAAUCACCCGGCCAGAUGAAGGAAAAUGCUAUUAUAACAACGGUAGUGGGAACAGGGAAAGUUGUUCCGAGGGCGCUGGUUUGAAAAGAGAGGACAGGUCAAGGGACAGUUCCUCAUUAGCGUCUGAGCACGGACUGCACAAUGGCAUGAGCAACAGUGGUGCUUUUUCUAAAUAUGAUUAUGGGACUGAGCAGCUAACCCAAGACCCACCGUCCUGUCAAUCCCUUGAAUCCGAUUCAAGCUCGUCGCUGCUCACUGAAGGAGGAAAGACCUCUGGCAGCGACCCACAGACGCUGACUUCGCCGGUAGAUCAUGCGAACAGUAUGGCAGCGGGCGGAGGUACUCCGUGGUAUCCGAUGCACACCCGGACCCGCAAGAAACGUAAACCUUACUCCAAACUGCAGCUGGCUGAGCUGGAGGGCGAGUUCAUGCUAAACGAGUUCAUCACAAGGCAGCGGCGUAGGGAGCUGUCCGACCGGCUGAACCUCAGUGACCAACAAGUUAAAAUCUGGUUUCAGAACCGGCGAAUGAAAAAGAAAAGACUGUUACUGAGAGAGCAAGCUCUGUCAUUCUUUUAGAAUACACCUUACUCAGCAUUUAAUCAUAUAUCGGGACACCAAUCCAUUUUUGAUUUACGACACUUAGAAUUCUGUUUGGUUUCUUUAUUGGAAAGCUUACACUAUUUUCAUGGAUAUAUCAGUGUCUGUUUUGCUAUGAUUUUUUGUUAGUAUGGUUUGCCGAAAACAAUAUAUUUGCGACUAGAGGCAUAGGCGACUGCUCUGACACAAUCUGAGUUAAAAUGCCAGAGUACAAAAUGCUUCCACACUUCCAUAAUCAUGAAUUAGAUUAUUGCUAGUUCUAUUGUCAAUACAACCAUGAUUCGCCGUAAGAAUGGCGUUUCCCAUUUAUUUAUGUCCAUAAAAGCCAUCACUCUCGAUAUUUCUGAAAAAUGCUUUGUAAACGCAAAUGAAGCAGCUUCAGAAAAUGGGAUUAAUGACGGGAGAAGUAGAUAAAAUAAGUAACGAGGGAAGAAAAUGCUUUCUUUUUAUCGGUCUGUACGAAGGAAGAUCAUUUGCAGUGAUUUUCAAUUCCAACACAAAAGUUGGAGCAGAGAGACACAGGGAAGUACAAUAAAACGCUUGUAUCCACGCCACAAUUAGCACCACGUGCUAUGGGGAUGUUCAUGGUCAAGGACAGGAUGAGUGCGCUCCAGCUCUCUGACUCACUAAUUCAGCAAGACUCAGAACCCCAAACCCGACAUUUUAUUGGCCUGUAUGUUAUAUAAACACGCUUCUGUAAACUUUUGAAAACAGGCAAUGUAGGUAAGAUACGCUUGAUCGCCCUCGAAGUUUUCAACUGAGAUUUAGAUAUUGGGCGAAGGAGUAGAAUGGUGUCCAUGUUCAGUAUUCAAGUUCAGUAUUAACUCUGAGUCCGAGUCCCCCCCCCCCCGUAACUUGUAAUGGAAUGUUGCAGUUGUAAGAAAAUACUUUUCUCGUUCGUCUGUCUGCUGCCCACACGUGUAAUUUUGCCCUAGUUUAAUUACGUAGAAAUAUAAAAUAACCUGUUGUACAAUACGCGUCAAUCAAACGUUUGUGGCGUGAAACAGAAAUCUGAAUUGGGUAAAAUAACAAUUAACAUGUACUAGCCUCCAAUGAAACGUAACUGAUAACUGCAUUUAAUAAUUGCUAAAUAUUCAAUUAUGCGAAAGGUCACUCUGACACCAGGGUGGUUCUUAAAUCGCAUCGCUUUUAAUAUAACGCAUGCAAAGUCUAAUAUUCUACGAGUUUUAUAAUAAAUCCAAAAUAUCUGUUACUCUCAAUUGCAUCUUAUAUAGUGUUAAAUAUACAGACGUUUUUAACGAAACUUGUCGGUUAUUUUAAUGAACUGUGUUCUUCAUUUACAUUCUUUUUUGAUUAACUAUUCCGUAAAUGUGAUUGCAUUAAAAUGUAUAUCGUCUGUUCUGAAUUUCUACAUGCAAUUUUUUUAAUGGUAUGUUCUACGUGACAAGUGGAUAGCGCUAAUUUCUGAUUUUUUCCAGUAUAUAUAUCUGUGUCUCCAAGAAUCCUUAUAGCAAUGUAUCUUGUGUAUUCUGUUGUAAAGGUAUGAACAAUUAUAAACACACACCCAUGCACAUAUUCAUUAAUGUACAUAUCUUGUUGACCACCUUAUAAAUAAACUCUUCAACGACAAUUUAAUUAAUUUAAAUUAAUAUUUUAUAAUUAUAUUUCUACUGCUGCUACUACAGUAAUAUAUUGACAGUUAAGUUGGGUAGACGUGAAAUUUAAUUACAUUUGUUCAUUGAGGCUCUAAAUAUGCAUGCUUGUGCUACUGUGUAAAUAAAACCGUGGUUUUCCACAUAGUCCGUGUUUUAAAAGUGUGAGCCUGUAUAGUACAGAAAAGAAGGUAUUCAUUUCAAUUUCAAACUCAAAAGGUUUAUUGUCAUUAGUACAACUGCUGCGUACAAUGAGAUUCUCACUCGCGUGCUGCCUACAGUAAUAAACAGGGUAAAAAGACAUGGGACAAACAGUAACAGGACACAGGAUAGAACUUGGUAAAGUAAAAGCAAGAGGAAAUAUGAAUAUCUAAUUUAUGUUGUUAUGUUAUUUCAUCUUUAAGAGCAAAUCCUCAGAAAAAAAUUACCCCUCCGGUACAAUUUGGAUUAUUUUCAUGUAAAACAUGUUUCUGAAAUGGAGGUGUUAUCUACCAAUGGCCCUAUAGAUAGGGAAUGUCAUAUAUUAUGGGAUUCUAACGAAAAAUAUUGCAAUGAUUUGUGCAUAACUUUCGGUGUAAGAAUAUAUUUACAGCGGUGCGUAAGUGAGGCAUUCGUAAACUGGUAGAAGUGGUCACUCAAUUAAUGUGUCUUACUAUUAGGAUUUAGGAUUUGCCGAUGAAGAAAACCGCAUUUUCUGGUCUGAGGAUACGUUUUGAAUAUAAGUGGUCUCCAUUUUACGAUUCACUUCAAUUAUUUUUCUUGUUAAGUCCUUCAAUUAUCCAAACCGCCUGUUAUUCAGUACAGCUAAAUUGCUACAAGUGUUUUGAGAUUGGAUAUGACAGAUAUGAACACGCUGUCGUUUAUUUGGUUCUGUGAACAAGGGCUGACCGCAACCUAGGGCGACUUUGCCCAUCGAUGAUUAGAACGUGACUGGAUAGAAGUACGAAAAUCAUUUUGAUCGGUCUAUUUAUGUCGAAAGCUAAUGCGCUCAAACAAGUUAAGGCGCACAACAACAACACCCCAUGUAACUGAAAAAUAUGUAGCCUACCGUCUGCCGUCCACACAGUUUGCUUAAUUUGAUCAAUUUCCAUGUACUGUAAUUAUUGCACUUCCUCUCCAGAUACCACAUCUUACAGUAGCUGGCGAAAAACAUGGUUUAUGGGUAAAUGCUCAGCUGUUGUGUUAUAAACGGUUAUCACCGUACCACUAUUACUGACAAUUAAUUGACAAUGUCUUCAUUCUUGAAAUCAUCAUUACGUCACUCACGCCAUUUGCAGGGUCAUAUCAAUAAAUAUGUCUGAAAUUUGU